AUGUCAACGAAGAAGUCUGAUUUUGGUGAGAAGCUAGAGAAACUUGUUGGUUCUGAUUUCAUUGUCUCAAGUGUUUCUGAGCCUGACUGUAUUGUUUUUGAUGCUAUGGCUAUUGUUCAAAUGCUACAUCCUUCUAAAGAUCAAACACAGACAUACAUUCAGAUGGCCUCUGGGUUUUGGAGCUAUAUCCUUAAAAGCAGUUUGCAUUGUAAACAGAUUCAUGUUGUCUUUGACCGAUAUUUGACAGAUAGCUUGAAGUCCAAGACACGCAGGAAACGUGGUAACACUGCGCCAGUUGCUAUGCUGAUGAACAUGUUGAUUCCUGACUGGAAGAAAGUCUUGACUAGGAGCAAAAGCAAGAAUGAUUUAAUAAAGCUGUUUACAAGAUAUUUGACAGAAAAUUGUCAUAAUCUGCUUGAGACAGAUGAAGUUAUUUUUGUUCCAGGUGGUAUGGAUGAAAAAUUCCAACGAGUCUGUUGUAGUGCUGUUUCUUUUGUUUAUCAAAUGGAAUCAAGUCAAGAAGAAGCUGAUGAUGCUCUAUGUCCCCAACAACCAAACGGUGUAUUUCGCUUUGGUCCUAAAUGCGGUUUUAUGUGCCACUGCAGAAACAAUGCACAAUGUGACGAUACUACUGGGGAAUGUGCUUCCGGUUGUGCAAGCUUUUGGUAUGGACCAGGAUGCCAAUACAGAGAUAUAGCAGAGGGAGAAUUUUCGAGGCAGUCUGAUGAUUUACAACGUGGGCAAGAAAAGUUUUCAAUACUUGCACAUGAUAAUGAUCCGACAACCUGUAGCUAUACAGCUGAUGUUCAGAGCACUUCCAAAACGAAUAUUAAACCAUUUUGGAGGGUAUGGUUACCUACAAAUGAAACGAUUAGCGAAAUCCAGAUAGUUACACUGCCUGACAAACUGCGAUACUUCAAAAGCUUUAAAAUUUACGUAGAGUAUGUUUCAAUCUAUCAUAAGAAUGACAAUUCGUAUAUGCCAUCUCACCGCCAGAAAUGUUACCAACAUAGCAGUGAUGCCCCCAAUAGUGAGACGUUUACAGUAUUAUGUAACAACUCUGUUGUUGGAAAUCAUGUAAGGAUUGAGCUAGUAGAUAUUUGGACACAGUUGGUCCUGUGUGAUGUAAAGAUAAAUGGAGGAAGAAAUUUAGCUUUCGGACGCUAUACCUCACAAAUUUCAACGCAGGAGGACUGCCGCAGACCUGAUGAAUGCAUAUCAGACAACUCUGUAGAUGGCAUUGACAGCAGUCGAGAUUGGAGGCACUGCAGCUUUACAGAUCACGGAAUUGAUCCGUGGUGGGAAGUUGAUCUUGGCCAAAAAGCGAUCAUUCAGUAUAUUCGUAUAUCGCCUAUAAGUAGUGCUAAUUCUGCAGAUUAUCAAGUAGAGUUAUCGAACGAUACACAUGCAUCCAAGAAACCCGUUUAUGAUGUAAAUGUAAAUCCAUAUGUGUUAGCAACCAUAACAUUGAAUACUGAAGCCAAAAUCAUCCAUCUAACAAGAACAGGACCAGGACGUCUGGAAGUUUGUGAGGUUAAUGUGUUUGGAGACUGUCUGGAAGACAUAUGUGGAUAUGACUGCACAAAAGAAUGUCAUUGCAAAGAUGCAAAUGUCUGGGAUAAGAUAGCUGGAAAAUGCUCGUCUGGUUGUAAAGGCAGGUGGAUAGGUCCCAAAUGUGAUAAACUUUGCGAAACUACACAUUGGGGAUCAUUUUGUGAAAAUAUUUGUGGACACUGCGCCAAUUCUGAGCCGUGUGAUCUUAUCACAGGACUAUGUCCGUCCGGAUGUCAGGAAGGUUACGCUCUACCAAAUUGCAGUACAAGAACAGUUUGUACCAGUGGAUUUUAUGGAGAAAGUUGCGGAAGUACAUGCGAUCGGCAUUGUGUGGGCGGUACCUGUGAACGUGAAGAUGGAAGAUGUACCAACGGCUGCUUUGACGGAUGGAUAGGAAUGAAGUGUGAUCGACGCUGCAAAAGUGGUCUGUAUGGUAAAAACUGUUCCAGACAAUGUAGUAAAUAUUGUAAGUAUGGAAACGGUAGGUGCAGUCACGAAAACGGACAUUGUCAGCAAGGGUGUAAGGCAGGAUGGAAGGGGGACACUUGUGAUCAAGAAUGUGAAGACGGUACAUUUGGCAUUUACUGCCAAACAAACUGCAGCGGAAAUUGCAAGAACGAUGAAGUAUGUGAGAAGGUUUAUGGGUCUUGUCCAAAUGGCUGUAAACCAGGGUACUUGGAUAAACUUUGUGCUCGUGGCUGUAGGCCAAGUUUUUAUGGCAUAAACUGUUCGAGUAAAUGUAGCGAACACUGCAAUGGUGGAUACGCUGCCUGCAGUAAGGUGAAUGGAAGCUGCUUAUCUGGUUGUCACGACGGAUGGAAUGGACACAGAUGCGAUCGAAGUAUAAUAUUGAGAAAAUUAGAAAAAUGA